AUGGCGGACGUUGAGACUGAUGUUGCCGGGCAGCAAGCGAAGAAGAGAACGUUCAAGAAAUUCAGCUACAGAGGCACCGAUCUCGAUGCACUCCUCGACAUGUCUACUGAUGAGCUCGUCAAGCUUUUUCCUGCUCGCCCCCGGAGAAGGUUCCAGAGGGGUUUGACAAGGAAACCAAUGGCUUUAAUCAAGAAACUGAGGAAGGCAAAACGUGAGGCCCCAGCAGGUGAGAAGCCAGCUCUUGUCCGGACCCACCUGCGAAAUAUGGUCAUUGUCCCUGAGAUGAUAGGAAGUGUUCUUGGUGUGUACAAUGGCAAGACCUUUAACCCAGUUGAAAUCAAGCCUGAGAUGAUUGGCCAUUAUCUUGCUGAGUUCUCGAUUUCAUACAAACCAGUCAGGCACGGUAGACCAGGUGAACAAUGUCGAGGACUGUUUGCAAAAUUCCUAGAAGAAUGUGGUAUCGUCCCACAGUACAUUAUGUCGAGUUUGCCGACUAUGAAUGGUGUUGCAGAGAGGUGA